AACUAUCACUAUAAGCCUAUCUUUUCUCCUCUCAUGUUCUCUGUAUAAAUGUCGGCAUGGGAUUUAUUUAGUAAUGGAUUGUUCUUUUUCUCUCCUUUUAUCUUUUGUUGAAAUAGUGGUCAUCAUCUGUGCAUCUGGUGAUGCUGUCCGUAAACUUAUGUUGGCAGCCCAUCGUCUCGGUAUGACCGAUGGCUCCUAUGCAUUCUUCAACAUUGUCCUCUUCGAUAGUUCAUACUUUGGUGACACUGGAUGGGCUCGUGGUGAUGGAAACGAUGAAGAAGCCAAGGCAGCUUACCGAGCGCUAAUGACCUUUACACUCCACAAGAACAAGUCCGAAGUCUUCGAUGAUUUCGCUCUACAUGUCAAGGAUUUGGCAAAAAGCGAGUUCAACUUCAGUUACGAUGAGAUAAACGAGGAGGUGAAUAGUUUCGUUGGAGCAUUCCAUGAUGCUGUUCUCAUGUACGCUAUCGCUCUCAAUGAAACCCUCGAAGAUCCUGACGCUGAUCCGAGAGAUGGCGCCCUCCUCACAAGCCGUAUGUGGAACAGAACAUUCGAAGGAAUAUCUGGUGAAAUAUCGAUUGAUGAGAAUGGAGAUCGGGAUUCUGACUACUCUCUUUUGGAAAUGACCGAUAUUGAGAACGGAACUUUUGAGGUAAGCAUAAUUAACAUUAUCGAUUUAUAUCGUCCCUGAUUUUAUUGCAUUCCAAUUACCCUCACAUAUUCAUGCAGUCAGAUCCUUGGAGGAGGCGUGAAAUAAAAAUGGCGGAAGGUCACUCAAUAUUUUGUAAUCGACCGGUAUUCAAAUGAAAAUUCUAGAACAAGAGAAUGAUAAUAACAUGACAUCAAAAACAUAUGAAACACAGCAAAAUAAUUGAGAUGGUUAAACGAGGUAGAUACUAAGAUGAAAAGAUACUGCUAUGAUUCCAACAGUUGGAAGCUUUAAAAGUUUUAAAAAGAAAGGGAACAGUAAAACACAUUUAAAAACACUGCUUGUUCAGCGGGGAACUUGGCUUUAUUAAAACAUUCAAUGAAAGCACACAGGAGACAAACUAUUCAAACUAGUGCCUUUUUAACGAGUGAAUGUUGGUAAUUGGAAAUGGAUAUAGUUUUAGUCAUUUAUGCAUGGAUAGAUAGAUUGAUGGAUAGAUAGAUUGAUAGUUGGA